AUGGAGGAAGCCGCAUCUUCCAAUUGUAAUGCAGAGAAAAACCCUAAGAAACAAAAAAUGACAGCAGCAUGUUCAUAUUUAACAGAUGAGUUAUGGGAGAUCAUCUUCAAAUUUCUCAACGACAGCGACAACAACCGCUACUUGGAACCUCUUUCCAUCGUCUCCAAACAAUUUCUCUCCAUCACCAACCGUCUCCGAUUCUCCAUAGCAAUGUCCGAUAAAACAAUCCCUUUCCUUUAUCGCCUUUUCCAAAGGUUCCCCAACCUCACAUCCCUCGACUUCUCAAAAGGUAGAAACCUUAACUUGUUUGUCUACCACAUUGACAAUUUCCCUUUAAACAUCAAAUCGCUCAAUGUUUCCAACCACGGCAUUCAUACACAUAAGUUGCAAUUGUUGUCCAAAAGGAUGAAAAACUUGACCUCUCUUACUUGUUCCGGAAUGAUUAGUAUUCACAAGAGUGAUCUCUUCUUCAUUGCUGAUUGUUUCCCUUUACUCGAAGAACUCGACAUCAGUUAUCCCAUGUAUUGUAGUAAAUAUGAUUUUAGACUAGAUAGUGAUCAUCAUCAUCAACUCUUGGCACUUCCCAAACUCCGCAAGAUUAAUUUAUCUGGUAAUUGGAUCAAAGAUCGACAAUCUAUUAACUAUCUCUUCAAGAACUGUGACCUUCUGAAAGAGGUCAUCAUGAAUGACUUGAUUUCCGAGGAUGAGGUAGACAGUGAGUGA